AAUAAAGGGCGCUAGUGUCCGUCAAGUGUCACAGCCGUUGCCUGUCUCCUCAGUAUUGUAACUUAAAUCGGUGAUUUAAUUAGGAAUAACGUAUUUUUUUCUAGAAUUUGUGAAACAUUAAGCAAUAAUGACCGACAAGAAAGCUCAGACACUUAAGUGAUUAUUCCUAAUUCAGUCCGCUCUGUUCCUAAGGCAUAUGAUUACAGAGCAUAGCGUUUAAGGGAUGUGUAAAAGUUUAGUCUCAUACCCGGUGACACCUCAUCCACCAACAGGUUUUGUCCCUGCGCCGGCACAGCCUGCUACUUACGGUAGUACACUUGCAGGUGCCGCACCGUAUGGAGUAUUUCCUAAUCAACCACAACUAUAUGCCGCGCAAGGCCCACCACCGCCAACAUAUGAUCAAACUCUUACCCAUCCAAUGAUGUAUCAGCCAAUGUAUGGUCAAGGAUAUCCAGGAUACUUAGCGGGUUAUCCUGCAUAUGGUCCAUUGCAAUAUUAUCCACCAUUAGCUGCAGCUGCUGCAUAUUAUCCCGCAGCGGCAAUGCAACCUCCAGUUAGGCCUCCUACACUCGUAAUGCCUAAUGGGUUCGAUGCUACUAAUCGAUUCGAUAGUAUUUCACAACCUGUCUUGCCACCACCCCCAACAGUUCCAAAUGCCGCCCAAUUAGCUGCAAUGGCAAGUCAUAGCGUGGCUAUAUCGCAAAAGAAGAACUUUCUAGGAGGAGGAACAGAAGGCGGUUACACCUUUUGAAUUAACGAGUGAAUACGUGCACCAGUGGAUGCGAGUUGUCUCAUUCGCCUACAGGGAUCGAUAUUCAAAGUGUGUUCUAAGCCUUUUUUAAGCGCGACUUGGUUUUCUGCAAGACAGACCGAAGAACAAAGGGGCUACUCGUAUUAUUUUUGUUACUUUCUACAUGACUAUAUAUUUUUUUCGAUAUUUUUUUCCUUUGGAGUCUUUAAUACUCCAACAUUUAAAAAAUCAUCUUGAGUAGCCCUAACGUUUAGAAAAAGAAAAAGGAAAAAAAAAAAAAUAUGUACGUGAUAGGAGCCCGAGGAAUGCGUGAGAGUCAUUCAUAGUUAUGAGGCUAAUUGUUGCGCUUUGUACUUCGAAUUUAGUAAACAACUAGUAGUAGAAAACUUUUAUUAUUCUUUUUUGAUAAAAAUUUUAGUGAAGGUAGUGAGUUGGUAAAAACCUUGAAAAGGUUUUAACAUCGUUAGAAUCAACAUAAUUUUGACGUGUUUUGCGGUUAAAAGUAUAAGCGAUAAUAUUUGAGGCUCGAGUGCCAAACGACAAAAUUAAAAUUAUAAAAUAUAUCGAAGAUUCUCACGUAUUCAACGACUUCGAAGAUACUUACCUAUUCUAUCUAAAAGUACGCACUCUCUUCUUUAAAAUCAAUAGUCUUUCUUCCUAGUUGUUUGAUGUUUCUUUUUUAAACACAGAUUAGCUAGAUCGGCUAACAAAGUUAUUAUUUAAUUGAAAAAAGGCUUGUCCACGGCGUUCGAAUUUCAAUUUAAGCGGGUUAAACUGUGCUUUAAUUGAAAUAGUUGCCAUAUAGUGAAAUUUAUUAAUAAAUAUCUUUUUCUGUCUCUUAAAUAAAAAUAUCUAUAAUAUUCAAAAUGAUCAGUGUGACAUUUAAAAGAAUACGUGAGUAAGAAUACAUCUCUAAUUACAAUAAUAUUCAAAUUUUGGUUCAAAUUCCAUAGUAAUUAUGUGGAAACUAGAUUCAAUCAAAGCUCAUGAAGGAAACAAAUAGUUGACUCAAUUUCAAAGUACAAAUUGAAUAUCCAUGUAAGUAGAGGGAAAAUUCGUAACGACGGGGUCAAGCUUUAUGUCAGCCAUAUUAGGCGAGUUGCGAUGAUGAUAACGGUAAGCAACGCAGCGAAUUCGUAAUGCCUAUAAUUAAUAUUCAGUGCAAAAUUAUUAACAACUAUACUUUUCUGAAAACGUAAAAUCUAUUUCAAAAAAUAAAGAGACAUACAAAAAAUUUUGAAGAUCAUAAAAAUUAGUUGCACAGCUACGAAAGCGACUGUUUUGCUCCGCGAUCAUAGGCAUAUAGUACAGUGAACCUGCUGAUAGGAUACUUGGAAUGUUCCGUUCUGCAGGUGCACAAUUAAACACGAUAUUAAUUAAGCAAUGAAGAUCGAAGAAACUAAUUUACAAUCGGUGAUAGCUUAGGAUAGGACCAAGAAUCGCAGUUCUAUUUAGAAAUUUUCGAAUGGGUGUUCCGGCAAACUUGACCAGUACCCUUAUAUGUUUCGCAUUGGGCUUUAUCAAGAUAGAUGUUUAAAAAUAUCCAUAUUGUUAAAAAGUAAUUUUUGCUCCUAAUCAGAAGUUAAAAUUAAUUGACGAUAAAUCAAGUCAUGAUUUCUAUUUUGCCCUUUGAAUUAUUAUUUAUAUAAAUCAAGUUUAUUGCGUGAAAGUUGUAAAUUUUACUUGAAAAAAAUGUUAUCCAAUAUUAAAUUUUGUAGUUAAAACGCAGGAACUUCCUAUAAAAUUAUUAUUGUUCUUUGUAUUUUGUGAUAUCUGAUUACCUCAAAAUCUAAAACAGAAUAUGUAGGUAUUUGUCUUGUUUUGUACCAUCUUCGAAUUUAAUUCAGUUUCUACGAAAAAAAAAAAAAAAAAAAGAAGAAAACAUAAUAAUGCGCGAUAAUUGGAAUUUAAAUUUUUAUAAGGCGAAACGCACUGGCCAAAUUUGUUGCCACAGCGCCAUAACUUACAUUCACCUUGUACCUUCAAUUCUUUUUCUACCAGAUGUACCUACAGUUAUUCACAUGUGACAGCGUUUGAUAAAAAAGCGCGUAAUCUCAAUCUUAUUAAAAGAAAAAAAAAUCUAGUCCGAAGAGUCUGACUGAUUGGGAUACAAAAUGUUACAUAGACUUUUUUUCUCAAUCCGUGCGACGCCAGGUGCAAAAUAAUACCACAGCAUUCACUUAUACCUCAGAAAUAUCUGAGAAAUUGACAUUUUUCCAAAAACUCAUGCCAUUCCAUUUGACGAUAUUGAGUCAUAAUCAACACAUAUAUGAGUCGCAUUUAGGAAUUUGAGACGCGUAUUGAAAAAAAAGGAAAAAAAAAAAAAAGAAAAAAAGAAAAAAAUAAAACGCGAGAAGUUAUUUCGUCACUUGAAA